GGCUAAGAAUGUGAAUACAAAAAGCGCCCUAAAAAAGCUCGCGAUUCUUCGUAUUGUAAAACGUAAUGUUAAAUAAAUCAACGUGUUAGAAGCUUUGCAAAAAAUACGGAGUUACCAGGAGGUUUGGACAGAGAUAUUCUAAAUCAAUUUGAGACUACAAACAACUUUGUAAGGAUUCCUGCACGCAAGAAAUUAGAACUGAAGGUCUCAAGUUUUUCUGUGAUUGGUGAAGGGAUUGGAUAUAAGCAAUCCGACUCCAACAUGGAGAAGCUGGAAAGAAUUCAACCAAACAGGCAAGUGAUGGUCUUUAUUUUUAUGGUGUUCAUGUCUCAGGGUCGCACGGAGCCUCUUCGUUAUUUUAUACAGGAGGAAACAGAGAGCCGCUCCUUUGUAGCCCAUCUGACCAAGGACCUGGGCCUGGGAACUGGGGAACUGGCUGCCCGGUCUGCUCGAGUUGUGUCUGAUGAUGACAAACAGCAUUUGCUGUUGGAUCCUCAGACUGGAGAUUUGCUUCUCAGGGAGACAUUAGACCGGGAAGAGCUGUGUGGCCCUAUUGAACAGUGUGUACUGUAUUUCCAUGUCUUGCUGGAAAUGCCAGUGCAAAUUUUUCAGGGAGAAUUAUGGAUCCAGGAUAUAAAUGACCACUCUCCAGCAUUCACUGAUGGGGAAGUGCUCUUGAAAAUACCAGAAAACAGCCAGCCAGGGACUCUAUUUCCAUUGAAAGUAGCCCAGGAUUUGGAUGUGGGUAGCAAUGGGCUUCAAAAAUACACCAUCAGUCCCAAUUCUCAUUUUCACAUCCUUACACGAAAUUACAGUGAGGGCAAGAAAUACCCAGACCUGGUACAAGACAAAGCCCUGGAUAGAGAGGAGCAGCCUGAAUUCAGCUUAACCCUCAUGGCUCUGGACGGUGGCUCUCCACCUAGGUCUGGCACAGUCACAGUUCGAAUCCUGAUCAUGGACGUCAAUGACAAUGCUCCCGAGUUUGUGCAUACCCCAUAUGAGGUGCAGGUCCUGGAGAACAGCCCCUUAGAUUCCCCAAUCCUCAGCGUCUUAGCUAGGGAUGCAGAUGCUGGAAAUUUUGGGAGUGUUUCCUAUGGCUUGUUCCAACCAUCUGAUGAGAUUAAACAAACUUUCUCAAUAAAUGAAAUCACAGGGGAAAUCCGACUGAGGAAGAAAUUGGAUUUUGAAAAAAUUAAAUCUUAUCACGUGGAAAUUGAGGCUAUAGAUGGAGGAGGCCUUUCUGGAAAAGGCACUGUGUUUAUAGAGGUGGUGGACGUGAAUGACAAUGCCCCAGAACUUACCAUAUCGUCACUUGCCAGCUCCAUCCCAGAAAAUGCUCCUGAGACCGUGGUUUCUAUCUUCCGAGUUCGAGAUAGAGAUUCUGGAGACAAUGGAAAGAUGACUUGCUCUAUUCCAGAUAAUGUGCCCUUCAUUCUAAAACCGACAUUCAAGAACUUUUACACCCUGGUGACAGAGAGCCCGCUGGACAGAGAGAGCAGAGCAGAAUACAACAUCACCAUCACAGUCACCGACUUGGGGACGCCCAGGCUAAAAACCGAGCACAGCAUAACCAUCCUCGUCUCUGACGUCAACGACAACGCCCCUGCCUUCUCCCAAACGUCAUACACGCUGUUGGUGCGCGAGAACAACAGCCCCGCCCUGCACAUAGGCAGUGUCAGUGCCACAGACAGAGACUCAGGCACCAAUGCCCAGAUCGCCUACUCGCUGCUGCCAACCCAAGACCCGCACUUGCCCCUCGCCUCGCUGGUCUCCAUCAACGCAGACAAUGGGCAGCUGUUCGCGCUGAGGGCGCUGGACUUCGAGGCCCUGCAGGCAUUCGAGUUCCGCGUGGGCGCCACAGAUCAAGGCUCGCCCGCGCUCAGCAGCCAGGCGCUGGUGCGAGUGGUGGUGCUGGACGACAAUGACAACUCGCCCUUCGUGCUGUACCCAAUGCAGAACGCCUCUGCUCCCUGCACAGAGCUAGUGCCCAGGGCGGCAGAGCAGGGCUACCUGGUCACCAAGGUGGUGGCGGUGGACGGAGACUCGGGCCAGAAUGCCUGGCUGUCAUACCAGCUGCUCAAGGCCACGGAGCCAGGGCUGUUUGGCGUGUGGGCGCACAAUGGCGAGGUGCGCACCUCCAGGCUGCUGAGCGAGCGCGACGCGGCCAGGCACAGGCUGGUGGUGCUGGUCAAGGACAAUGGAGAGCCUCCGCUGUCUGCCAGCGUCACGCUGCACGUGCUGCUGGUGGAUGGCUUCUCCCAGCCCUACCUGCCGCUCCCGGAAGUGGCGCCCGAGCGUGCGCAGGGGGACUCUCUCACUGUCUACUUGGUCAUCGCCUUGGCUUCGGUGUCAUCUCUCUUCCUCUUCUCUGUGCUGGUGUUUGUGGUUGUGAGGCUGUGCAGGAGGCGCAGGGCGGCGCCGCUGGGUGUCUUUUCUGUGCCUGAGGGCCACCUUCCUGGACACCUGGUGGAUGUUAGUGGCACAGGGACACUGUCUCAGAGCUACCAGUAUGAGGUGUGUCUGGCUGGAGACUCUGGGUCUGGUGAGUUCAAAUUCCUGAAGCCAAUAUUCCCAAACCUCUUGGUUGAGCACGCUGGGAGAGAAGUUAAGGAAAAUUCCCCCUGCAGAAAUAGUUUUGUAUUCAGCUAAUUGUUGUAUUUCAUUCUCACUAAUUUUGCAACUACUAUUGCAAUUUCUUUGUCUUUAGUAAUUCUAGUGCUAGUAAAGUAUUCUAACCACUAUUCCAAACCUAUGUGUAUUCUUGAUAGUUCUAAAUUUUUUUCCUUUUAUUGGCAUUAUUCUUAGCAUUUUUAGGCAUAGGAGAUAUAUAUUUUCUCCAUAUUUGAUCUUAAUGGUUCAUUUUUCAUUACUGUAAGUUAAUCAGGUACACAAAACAUUUUAUUUUAAUGAAAUUCUUAAUGAAUUUCAUGACCCGUUUAGAGGCUUGUAUGAAAUCUUGAAUUUCCAUGUAUUUGUGGUACCCAUCUUUAACAUAUAAGAUUAUCUUUCAAUACUACAGUAUUAGCCUUGAAAAUAUGAAUGGUUUGCUAUACUACCAGGUUAAGCCCACUUAGUACCAUGAGCAAAAAACCUAGCCUACUUGUUUUUCUCAAAUUGCAUGUCAACAUUAUAUUUCAUUAAAAUAUUAAUACACAA